AUGUACACCAAAUGCCCAAUUACUAACAAACCAUUAGAAGAACCUAUUGUUAGUGAUUGGAGAGGACAUCUGUAUAGCAAAGAGGCUGUAAUUGGGGAAUUACUCCAAAAGAAGGGCCGGUUCAAAUCCUUGAACGAUGUUAUCGAUAUAAAGAUCCGGCUCGAGAAUGGGAAACUUACCUGUCCACUAUCCGGCAAGGUUGUUGAUUUGCUAGACGAUGAUGUUACACUACAAGAGCUGCAGUUUUCGUAUAUUGUGCCCUGUGGUUGUGCUAUGAACACCAAAGUACUGCGUGAUUUGAAUGCAGUGCGAUGUCCACUGUGCCAUGAACCUUUUGACCAGCAGAAUAUCAUCGACAUUAACGGUAAUGAAGCAGAGCUUCAGAAGAGGAUGGAUACAUUGAUGGAGAAAAGACUCUACCAUAAUUUAAAAGAACGUAAAAGGAAAAAAACUCCAGAGGAUAAAGUAUCCAAGAAACGAAAAGUUUUAUAA